UGUGUGUGUGUGUGUGUGUGUGUGUGUGUGUGUGCGUGCACGCGUGUGGUAGGCAAUGGAUUUCAAGCCCAACUUUGUGUUCAUGCCACCCGGUAUGAAGUAUUUACGGCUGCAGUGCACCGCUGAGGCAACAAAGCUGGCCAAAGCAUACAGAUCGAAGCCUGCUGCUUCCACCUGCAAGAGCGCUUCCCUGGUGAAGGAGGAGGCCGUGGCCCGCGUUGUCCAAGGCGGAGGAGACCCUGAGUGCUGGCAACUGGUGCUCAGCGAGACGACGCUCCAGUUCGGCCAGUACCGGGGCCAAACGUUCAAAUGGCUCCUUGCAAACGACGUGGGCUACUGCGCCAUGGUCGUGGCCUCCCACCAGAAGGAGCGCGACAACGGCGACACGUCGCAGUCACCCCUGGCAGCGAAUAAAGACGCUCUGGCGACGUACGCGCGCGUCUUCCCAGAGAUGGCCGCUGUCGUGCGGCAUCGGCUGAUGGUGAUGGGAGCACCGUUGGUCAGGGAGCUCGAUCAGCAACUGCUGAAAAUGGGACAGUUCCCCGGCGAAAGCUACUCUUCUCUCUACGAGUCGACUGAUGAGCGGCACCGAGCGUAUGUGCGUCACAUACGCACAGUGACUGCUACGCCGGGCUCUUUCUUGCACAACUUGAACGCCUACAUUGUGGGGCGAGACAAUGAGGCAAAUUACAAAGUGUCUCGUCCAGCCACGAGCGAGCGGCCGUCAGCACUGUCCGAGCCAUCGGACGACGUCCUCCUCGCAGCUGCCAUGGAGGUGGAGUCUCAGUCGUCCCAGCCUUCCACUUCGUCUGCCAGCGGCGCUGCCGCCCACGCGCUCUGGGCCAGCGGUGAUACGCUUCCACAGCUGUUGGCGCCAAAGCAGCAGGGCGUGCUCCCAAAGGGCUGGGCCGCCACACUGCCCGAGAGCGAGCACGCGAAGUUCUCGGCCUGGGAAGAAAGCAUCCGGAAGCAACUGCACAUCUCCAAACAGUUGUUGUUCCCGGCGGUCCUGACUUACAAACUGGCCUGCGACAAAGCGGUCAUCUCUCUUUUGAGGACGCGCUCGCUGGGCAACAGUGCCACCCUGUUGCGCCAGGCGCUGACGGAGAUACACGGCGAGGAGUGGUUGGCCAGGUCCGCCAGCUACCUGUCCAUCCUCAACCAGCUGGGUGUCCCGGCCAGCGGGAGGGACGACGUCCCGCCCAUGCGCCCGCUCCCCCGCGUGCCCUGGUUCGUCGCGGCCUACGUGAGGGACGUGCUCCCCCGCCUGGAGGACAACAAGGGCCGUCUCACCUCCGUAUUUGGGAACAUCCUGAAGAUGGACUCCACCAAGAAGCUGACCAAGAAGCUGGCGGGGGAAUCCGCCGGAAUGGCCGCCUGGGUGACCAACGUGGGCAAUGAGAACGGGCAGGUGCUCAUGUCCGUGCUCACGGCGGCGGAGGGGGAGGGCCGUUCGGCCAUGGUGGACGGACUGGUCCGGCGGUACAAGGACGCGGGAAAGCCACCCCCGGAGGUCCUGUACAUCAACCGUGACUGUUGCUCCGUCACCGGGAAGAGCAAAAUCCACAGCACCUUCGGCCUGUGGGACCGGUUGGUGGUGCGCCUGGACGUGUGGCACCUCAUGCGUCGCUUCGCCAGGGGUGUCAUAACGGACGCGCACCUUUU